AUGCACCAGAGCCAAAGUCCAUCCCCUGAUCUUUCAUCUCCCCUUUCGAGCCCCAUAACAGAACCCAACUCCCAGCCAGCGACCCAAGCCAAAUUCAACCACGAAAUGGAUAUGGACGAGAUCAUAGUCGACCCAUCGCAGCCCCGAUUGGGAGAAACCCAGGCGACCGAACCGGAAGUUCGCCUUACUGCCGCUGGUUUGCCUAGAAAGAAGCCUGGUCGCAAACCUGGUUCGACGGUGAAGUCUAAGAAUGCCGACGGCGCCCCUGCAACCGACGCGCCCAAGGUACGACGCCCUAGGAAGCCACGCGACCCCAAUGCCCCCCCGGUGCAAAGGAAACGGAAGGGCGCACCCACCCAGGACGACGAUUCUCCGCCCGGGGACUCCAAAUCUCUCACCGCCCCUGGAUCUAGACAACCCUCCAUUGCACACUUGGUCGACCCCGAUACCUCGUCAUCGGCUCGGCGUACGCCUUCGUUCUCGCAGCACGAACACGUGCCCCAGAAAGCUCCCAAACGCGAAGAGCUUCCCCGCUCUAUGCAGAGCAUCUUGAAUGCCGACCCGGAGCCCCCUCACUCGCUACAUUUACAACGUCACCAAUCCAACAGUACUGACGCUGCCCCUGCCCCCGCCGCUACUUCAACCCUGCCAACACGCACGAGCGGCCAGAGCUACGACCCUAUCCGCGGUAACUACGAUCCGGUACGUGGGAUUUUCGGUAGCGCCACAUCACCUCGUUCUGCGGCUCCGGUGGUGAACCGUGCCAGCGCAUCUCCCUCUAUCGCGAGCCUUGUCGAUCCGAUACCCAACGUAGCAUCACCUUCCCGUCAGCCUCCUCAGCAUGCUUCGGUCCAACAGCAGCAAACCCAACAAGCACGAGGCUCCGUUUCAAGACCGACGUCUCCUUUGCAGCCGGCCCGAGCUGCGCCUCCGCCCGUGGCGAAAACAUCCGUGUCAGAGCUAAAGAAGCACGCACCGUCGCCGCCGGCCUCAAAUACCAAAGCCGAUGCAAAGCCCAAGGAAACAACUCUCACCGCAAGCGCCACUGCCUCCAAAAAGCCGUCACCGCGCCAGAAACCGCAAAAGUCGGCCACGGUCAUAUCGUCGCCGAAACUGGCAAGCCUCGAUGAGACGCCCCUGGAUCACAGCCGGUCGAUUCUUGAUUUUGGCAAGGCAGAGCCUGGCAUGGAGAUCCAAGCGCCGUCUAUCGUUUUGCACAUCCCACUCAAGGCCGGCGAAACGAACAAGUACGUCAAUUUCAUGCGCGAGGCUGAGGCGCGUUAUGGAUGGGACGCCCUUCACCCCCGCCUGGCGGCCCAGCGGGACCGAAAAGCUCGCAUCGCGGCGGCUUCGGCCGCCUUAGAGAAGGCCGCGGCGGGCCAGGAAUCGGGCGAUGAGAUGUCGGAGGAUUCCGACAAGGAAGCCAGCAACGUCGAGAUGGGCGGCAUGGCGAGCGGGCAAGACGUUGUUGAAAAGCCCAAGAAGAAGAAACGCAAUUUCAAAGAAGAUGAGUAUGACAAGGACGAUGACUUUGUCGACGACUCGGAGCUCUUGUGGGAAGAGCAAGCCGCCGCUAGCCGGGAUGGCUUCUUUGUAUACUCUGGCCCUCUGAUAUCAGAGCCCGAGAAGCCGGCCAAUAAUGGCAAUGAUGGCCCCCCCAAACGCGGUCGUGGUAGUCGCGGCGGCCGUGGUGGCCGAGGGGGUGCAGCUCGCGGCGGUGCCGAAGGUGGAACUGGCCGAGGAGGGGGGCCGGGUUCCCGCGGAGGCCGUGGGUCGCGAGGAGGCUCUGCACCGCGCAAACCCCGGAUUACCAAGUCGGAAAAAGAACAGCUAGAGCGGGAGAAGGCGGAGCGGCAGAAAUUGGGCGAAGUAAACGGAAAGUCGGGCAAUGCCUACUCUCUCCAGCCGCAAGCCCUUUCUCUUACCGGCGUUGGGGCUUAG